GAAAGGGACAAGGCAGAUCUGGGAAGCGAGAGGAAGAGAGACUCCUGCAGGAGGGGGAACCUGGGCGGGGAGAGGACAUUCCCAGCGAAGGGCCUGGAGGGGAGCGCAAGGAUCGGGACUGCUCAUAAGCAUCCGACUUGUUGAAAGACGUCGAGCGAGGCCAGAGGCUGUGCCCGGGGCCGGGGGACAAAGCGGCGCUGGCCCGCCGGGAUGGUGCAACUCGCGCGGUGAAAAUGGUCUUUGUCCAACUUUUCUGAUGCCGGGAGGCCGGGCGGCACGGCUCUAGCGGGAAGGGCUCCUGCGAACACCGCUCGAGUAAUGCUGGGAAGUGGAGGGGGUGUUACUGGAGUCCUGCACAAGUAUUUCUCUGUGAAGACCUCUGUGCUUUAAUUUGGGAAGAUACUCAAACACUCCAAGAAAUCUCAGACCAUUUCAAGGGAGUGGUGUGUGCUUGUUGAAGAUGGUGGUAUUUACAGAGAAUCUUCAUGGAUUCUAAUGCUGGCAUCAGUGCAAGAAGAGUGUCGGGAAUGGGUUGGCUCUGGAUGGUCUUCUUCUUUCAUCUAGUCACCUCAUUAGAAGAAAUACUUCUGGAUACAACUCAAGAGACCUCAGAGAUAGGCUGGACUGCACACCCUUCUGAUGGGUGGGAUGAGGUAAGUGUCCUGGAUGACAAGAAGCGCCUGAUCCGAACCUUUCAAGUGUGCAACGUGGCUGAACCGGGUCAGAACAACUGGCUGCGCACUCACUUCAUAGAGCGGCGCGGAGCCCACCGCGUCCACGUCCGCCUCCGCUUCUCCGUGAGGGACUGUGCCAGCAUGCGCACCGUGGCCUCUUCCUGCAAGGAGACUUUCACGCUCUACUACCACCAGGCGGAGGCUGACAUAGCCUCUCAGGACAUGCCAGAGUGGCGCGAGGGCCCCUGGACCAAAGUGGACACUAUUGCAGCUGAUGAAAGCUUUUCCCAGGUGGACAGCACUGGGAAGGUGGUCAAGAUGAAUGUUAAAGUACGUAGCUUUGGGCCACUCACCAAGCAGGGCUUCUACCUGGCCUUCCAGGAUUCGGGAGCCUGCAUGUCCUUGGUGGCAGUCCAAGUAUUUUUCUACAAGUGCCCAGCUGUGGUGAAAGGAUUUGCCUCCUUUCCUGAAACGUUUGCUGGCGGGGAGAGGACGUCGCUGGUGGAGUCCCCAGGGACGUGUGUGCCCAACGCUGAAGAGACGAGCACGACGGGCUCCUCGAGUGUCCGGCUGCACUGCAAUGGGGAAGGGGAGUGGAUGGUGGCCAUUGGACGGUGUACCUGCAAGGCUGGCUACCAGCCUGUGGACGAUGAACGAGCCUGCCAAGCCUGUGCCCCUGGUUUCUUCAAAGUAUCUGUGGGAGAUGACCCCUGCCACCUGUGCCCUGCCCACAGCCACGCUCCACUGCCAGGUUCCCGGGAAUGUGUGUGUCAGAACCGGUACUACCGAUCUGCUUCAGACAAUUCUGAUGCUCCCUGCACUGGCAUCCCCUCUGCUCCUCGUGACCUCAGCUAUGAAAUCGUUGGUUCCAACGUGCUCCUGACCUGGCGCCUCCCGAAGGACCUGGGUGGCCGCAAGGACGUUUUCUUCAACGUGAUCUGCAAGGUGUGCCCGGCGGGGUCAGCGGGGCCGUGCGUGCGCUGCGGGGACAGCGUCCAGUUCGAGCCACGCCAGGUGGGGCUGACCGAGAGCCGCGUGCAGGUCUCCAACCUCCUGGCCCGUGUGCACUACACCUUCGAGAUCCAGGCCGUCAACUUGGUGACUGAGCUGAGCUCAGAAGCACCCCACUUUGCCACCAUCAAUGUUAGCACCAGCCAGUCAGUCCCCUCUGCUGUGCCUAUGAUGCAUCAGGUGAGUCGUACUACCAAUAGCAUCACUCUGUCGUGGCCUCAGCCAGACCAGCCCAAUGGGAUCAUCCUGGAUUACCAGCUACGCUACUUUGACAAGGCAGAGGAUGAGGAUAAUUCAUUGACCUUAACUAGUGAGACCAACAUGGCCACGAUAUCCAGUCUGAGCCCAGGCAAGAUCUACGCCUUCCAAGUGCGCGCUAGGACAGCAAUCGGCUACGGUCCUUACAGUGGGAAGAUGUAUUUCCAGACUUCAACAGGAGGGGAGCGCUCGGAGAUGGUGCAGGACCGACUGCCACUGAUCGUGGGCUCAGCGCUCGGGGGCCUGGCCUUCUUGGUAAUUGCUGCCAUUGCCAUCCUUGCCAUCAUCUUCAAGAGUAAAAGGCGAGAGACUCCAUACACAGACCGCCUGCAGCAGUAUAUCGGUGCACGAGGACUUGGAGUGAAGUAUUACAUUGAUCCUUCAACCUAUGAAGAUCCCAAUGAAGCCAUUCGAGAAUUUGCCAAGGAGAUUGAUGUGUCCCUCAUCAAGAUUGAGGAGGUCAUUGGAUCAGGAGAGUUUGGAGAGGUGUGCUUUGGGCGCCUAAAACACCCAGGGAAGCGUGAAUACAUGGUGGCAAUUAAGACCUUGAAGUCCGGUUACACAGAGGAGCAGCGGCGGGAGUUCCUGAGUGAGGCCAGCAUCAUGGGGCAAUUUGAGCAUCCCAAUGUCAUCCACCUGGAGGGGGUGGUCACCAAGAGCCGGCCAGUCAUGAUUGUCACAGAGUUCAUGGAGAAUGGAUCGCUGGAUUCCUUCCUCAGGCAGAAGGAAGGGCAGUUCAGCGUGCUGCAGCUGGUGGGAAUGCUGCGGGGGAUUGCAGCCGGCAUGCGCUACCUGUCAGACAUGAACUAUGUGCAUCGUGACCUGGCAGCACGAAACAUCUUGGUCAACAGCAACCUGGUGUGCAAGGUGUCAGACUUCGGGUUGUCCCGCUUCCUGGAGGAUGAUGCUUCUAAUCCCACCUACACUGGGGGUCUGGGCUGCAAAAUUCCCAUCCGCUGGACUGCCCCUGAAGCCAUCCAGUACCGCAAGUUCACCUCCUCCAGUGAUGUCUGGAGCUAUGGCAUUGUCAUGUGGGAGGUGAUGUCCUACGGUGAGAGGCCUUACUGGGACAUGUCCAAUCAGGAUGUAAUUAAUGCCAUUGACCAGGACUAUCGCCUGCCACCACCCCCAGACUGCCCUACUGUUUUGCACCUGCUGAUGCUUGACUGCUGGCAGAAGGAGCGGGUCCAGAGACCCAAAUUUGAGCAAAUAGUCAGUGCCCUGGAUAAAAUGAUUCGCAAGCCAUCAGCCCUCAAAGCCAUUGGCACUGGGACCAGCAGACCAUCUCAGCCUCUCCUGAGCAACUGUCCUCCAGAUUUCCCGUCCCUCAGCAAUGCCCACGAGUGGUUGGAUGCUAUCAAGAUGGGCCGCUACAAGGAGAAUUUUGACCAGGCCGGUCUGGCUACAUUUGAUGUCAUAUCACGCAUGACUCUGGAAGAUAUCCAGCGUAUUGGAAUCACCCUCGUUGGUCACCAGAAGAAGAUUCUAAACAGCAUCCAGCUCAUGCGAGUCCAUUUGAAUCAACUUGAACCAGUUGAAGUGUGAUGUUUACAUCAUCCUCAUUCCACUAGUCUCAAACUCUGGAAAGGUUCUGGGGGAAUUCAGAGGGAUUUUCAAUGUAAGAAAGAGAUGUCAGUAUGCUACUUGAAGACUUAAUGCACCCAGAGAGUGCACACUACAUGUCCUGUUCCAUGAACAAAAAACAAAGCCUUGCCGUGAUUUGAAAGCAGAGCUAAAAGACUGGUGACAAUUACAUGUGGCUGAUGUCACACAUUGGGAAUGGGCUUGGGGUGGGAAGGUUAUAAUAACAUGGGGUGGAGAUGGAAUAACGGCUUGGACAGAUCACAAGCACCUGUUGCCAAUUGUCUGCCAACAAAAGGUAUCUGACAACUUUACAAAGUCAUCAGCAGCCUUUAUUUAUGGCUGAGAGCCCAGCAAAGCUGAAAAGACAUAAUAAAGGCAACAAAAAAUUAGCAUUUUUUUCAGAAGAAUGCCAUCGUGGUGUGAGAGAUUAUUCCUCAGAUGGAGAUGAGCAUCAGGCUAUCACUUGGUGUGCCAGCCGAGUUUGGAACUGAAGUUCCAGCUAGUGCACAGUAUGUGGUAAGCAAAAACAGAUGUCACCUGGUAAGCAGGUUCAGAGUAAAGGGUUCAAAAUUCAAUGCUAUUUCGUGUGCAGUUCUUGGGUCUGCUCCAUGAUGGGAAUUGCUAAUCUUUUGUGCUGUUGUGAGGAACAGUCCAUCUCUAUUUAUGGGACUGCAACACAAUUAAUAAAUAACAAUUCUUAGAAUCCAUCCUGCAAGACCUGCAAGUGAAGGGGGAAACAAAUAAGUUCUGGUUCUCGUAAACCCAUUCUUGUGAGGAAAGGCUUAACCUGUGAUACUCCCGAUUCUGAGUGAUACUGAUUCUGUGAUACUGAGAUUCUGAGUACCCAGAUCUUGGGUUUCAUUUUCUUCUGAACCCCUUACAAUGCAAAGCAGAACGAAAAAAAUCUGAAACCUUUGCUGCUGAAAAAUACUUUCUUUUUCUCACCCUAGCCAUUAGGCACAGUUGUUUGAAUAUUGUUUUUGAAGAAAAUGUAGACAUGCAGUAGUCAGCUUCAAGCAGACAGCUAGAAGGAGUGAGUUGAAACUCUUUCACGAGUUUUUGUCAAGAGUGAUCAGGGAAUGGUCCCAGUCCUGUAAGUCACUUCAGUCCGUAAGAAAGGGCUAACAAUGUUCUUGGGAUCAUCAGUGUUGUUUGGUACAGGCACAUGAGAGUGACCAGAAUGGCAGAGCCUUGGGACUGUAUCUCUCUAUAAAUCUAUGAAGUUGAGCUUGAGAGGAAAACUCAUGAACUAUACACUUGUCUACCUCAUCAACAUAUAGGAAAGGAAAUGGAAAUGGCCCAGUAAACAAGACCCCAGUUAUGAUACCCUCUGUGAAUGUCUAGAGGGGAAAUAACCCCAACUGUUCUGAUAUGUGCUCAUCUGUUGGCUUUCUGUGAACUAGACAUGAACCUCGUGUAUUUCUCCAGCUGUCAAGGUUGGAACAUCACAACUUCUUCACAUUCUACUCCUGUAUGUAUUUAAAGAUUCCCCCAGUAAACCUAACAGUUGAAGACAAGCUAUGUUUAAGAGUGACUCAAGAGCCCAAUAUUACGAUGGGAGAUGCUCCAGAAUAGUUGCACUGGAAUAGCCAAUGCAGUUAAGACUCUUUGUUGCAGCAUUAGAGUAACAUUAUUUUUUUAUUUUUUUUUUAGCUGAAGAGGGAGAAUAGCAGUGCAUUUUUCAAUAUAUUAAAAAGUCAAUACAAAAACAAUAAAAGGAAACAUGAAUAAAACAUUCA